AGGCACAAAUUAUGCUUGGAAUGGUGCAGCCCCCUCAAGUGGUUCCAAACAUCCAGCCGGCAGCAUUACAACAUCCUCAGCAAUCAGCACAGCCAAUUCAGCAGUCAAAUAGUCAAUCUGCUCCUUCAUUGCCAGGCCAAUUUGGUUCACAGGACCAAACAAGUGCAUCCCAAACCCUUAAUCCUGUGAGAAAGCAGCAGCAGACCCAACCUGUGAUACCAAGCUCAUCUGCUUCUGGUCCUCCAAACCUUCAAUCACAGCCCUUGCUGUCACAUUCUUUGCAGUCGGUACAGGAGCCUAAGGGUCAUCUUAAUGUGCAGUCAGCACCAAUGUCGCUUCCACAAUCCUCACAAGUUCCUAAUAUGCCUUCUCUUCCACUUCAUUCUGCCUCACAGGCACCCUCACUUCAACUCCCAAUACCACCUGCUUUGCAACAGUCUAUACAGACAAGUGGCAUUCCCCAUCUACCCCUACAACCCCCACUACCUCCACAACCAAGAUUAACUUCAAUGCCAGCGUUCCCUCAUCAGCAUCACUCUCAGAUGGGUUCACAUUCAGGUUUUCAGCACUCUGGUGCAGCACAGCUGCAUCAUUCACAGUCUAUGUUUCAUCCAGGUUCAAGACCUCCACCUAGCAUGGGGCCUUUAUUUUCGCAUGGACAGCCACCACUUCCAAGUCAGCUGCCACCCCAGUCUAUGUAUCAGUAG